AGUCACCGGUAUAAGAAAGCGCAGCCCGUUCACUGCAUCGCCGCUGGAGUUUGACCAUUUAGAUUUCUUAGAUUAUUCUUUUUUCUUUCUUUCCUUAGAUCCUUUAUUCGUUUGCUGUUUUCUACAUCCCCACGCCUUCUCGUGAGCUUUGUCAGAGAAACCAAACCUUCACUGUCCACAGUUAUAUAUAUAUAUAUAUAUAUAUAACCAUAUACAUAGCUACGUGCACAUAUAUUAUCUUCCUUCCUUUAGACCGGACAUCGCUUAAGCUUUUCCUUCGCACCUCUCUUUUUUUCUUUCCUUUGUUUUCCCUCUAUUACAUUUCUGUUUACAUAGAUCUUUUCCCCCGUUUUAUCUUUGUUUUACUCCCGCACGCCCUCUCUCUCUCUCUCUCUCUAUCGCAAUUGACGGAGAAAUUUUUGUUUCCUGAAACAAAACAGCGCUUUCUUGUGGUUUUUCUUUUUUCCCUUUUACACCCUCUCGUGUUUUUUAAACGCAAAUUGCUGUUGUUUCUUAUAUCCUCUUCAUUUCGAAAAAAAAAACAAAAGCACAUCGCUUCUCGCAAGAACGAAGCAGAACUCAACACCGUCGUCGCUGACCGCAGCGAUCUUUCAAGUGAAGCGAGAGUUUUUCUUUUACUUUGCCGUAUUGGUGUUUCUUCUUUUUGUUUUUGGUGGUUGAUUAUUGUUGUUUCUUUUACAGCCAGCAGCGUCGAAGAGUCGUCGUUCUUCCUCCACUGCCACGUAACGCCUCUCCCUCUCCCUGUGUACCGCGCCAUCGUUGGCCGCCUCAACAGUUGUGUCGUAUCAAGUGUGGAACCGUUUGUUUGUGACGGUGAAAUAGUUAAAGCGCACGUUGGGUUUUAUUUUCUUCUUGUUUCUCGUCUUGCUGACAACGGCGACUGGUUCUCCGUCCGCAUCUUGUCCGUUCCUUCUCACCUCCCUUUAUUAUUGUGUUCUUGCCGCGCCCCCGUCCUUCGAUCGGCAUCAGCGCCGCGUACAGCCGCCGCCGCCUUUUUUUCUCUUGUUGUUGUUGUUCCUCUUUUGCAGAACUCAUCGCUUGUGAUUCGUUUGGGUGCUGCGUUUGCGGUGGUGUGGCCGUCCUCUGCAGAGGGAAAAGAAAGAGGAAAAGAGAAGGACCGCCCGCACGUACCCGUUCAAAUAAGCAUCUUCUCUCGGGGCGUUUUUAUAUAUAUAUAUAAAAUUCAGCCACGGAAAUCCUGUUUGUUGCAGCUGCCCUCAAAAGAACACGCCUUCUUCGCUUCCCCAAAAGAAAAAAGGAAAGGAAAGGAUUGCGCGCUUUAGAGGCCAUUUCUCACUCUUCGGCUUUUCAUCUACGGUAGCCCAGAGGUACAACAAUUCUCCUUUUUUUUGUUUUAAAGAUCUGUCAGUGCUGUUUACAACGUCGUUUGCGCUGCUGUAGCAAAAACCAGUAAACGAAAAAGAGAAGGAGCGAAAGGCUCGAGCUGUUUUUGCUCAACACGACAGGCCGUCGCGCACACGAUGGGCAAAGGAAAAUCAGCCAAGCAUGAGGGGUCCAGGUCCCCCCCGCCGACGGCGAGGAGUAUGGUGUCCGACGCCCCUCCGCGCACCGAGUCGGACAGCGUGAAGGUCUCGAUCCGCGUUCGGCCCUUCAACCAGCGCGAGGUGGGCAGCAACAUGACCUCCAUCCUCGCGACAGACUCCCGCAAAGCUACCGUGACAAUCACCAACCCAAACCCAAAGCAGUUGACCAGCGAAACGAAAAAAACGUUCCAGUACGAUGACGUGUUCUGGUCUGCAGAUAAGCCCGAUGCGUCCGGCAGCCGCCCGGCGACGCAGGCGGACGUGUUCCAGAAGAUCGGGUUCCCGCUGGUGGAGCACGCGUUCGGCGGGUUCAACUCGUGCCUGUUCGCGUACGGGCAGACAGGCAGCGGGAAGACGUACACGAUGAUGGGCGCGGACGUGAGCGCGCUGGGCGGCGAGGGCAGCGGCGUGACGCCGCGGAUCUGCCUGGAGAUCUUCGCGCGCAAGGCGAGCGUGGAGGCGGAGGGGCACUCGCGGUGGUCCGUGGAGCUUGGGUACGUGGAGGUGUACAACGAGCGGGUGUCGGACCUGCUUGCGAAGCGGAGGAAGGGCGCGAAGGCCGCGGACGAGGAGUGCGUGGAGGUGCGCGAGCACCCGAGCCGCGGCGUGUUCCUGGAGGGCCAGCGGCUUGUGGAGGUGGCGAGCCUCGACGACGUGGUGCGGCUGAUGGAGGUGGGCAACGGCGUGCGGCACACGGCGGCGACGAAGAUGAACGACCGGAGCAGCCGGAGCCACGCGAUCGUGAUGCUUGUGCUGCACGAGGAGCGGACGAUGACGACGAAGGCGGGCGAGACGAUCAAGACUGCUGGCAAGAGCAGCCGGAUGAACCUUGUGGACCUUGCGGGGUCGGAGCGCGUUGCGCAGUCGCAGGUGGAGGGGCAGCAGUUCAAGGAGGCCACGCACAUCAACCUGUCGCUGACGACGCUGGGGCGUGUGAUCGACGCGCUUGCGGACAUGGCGGAGAAGAAGGGCAAGUCGCAGUGGACGCUGCCGCCCUACCGCGACUCGAAGCUGACGUUCAUCCUGAAGGACUCGCUUGGCGGGAACUCGAAGACGUUCAUGCUUGCGACGGUGAGCCCGAGCGCGCUGAACUACGACGAGACGCUGAGCACGCUGCGUUACGCCUCCCGAGCUCGUGACGUCGUCAAUGUGGCGCAGGUGAACGAGGACCCGCGCGCGCGGCGCAUCCGCGAGCUGGAGGAGCAGAUGGCGAGCAUGCGGCUCAACAUGACCGGCGGCGACCCUGCCUACAUCUGCGAACUGGAGGAGAAGCUUGCGCUGCUGGAGUCGGAGGCGCAGAAGCGCGCGGCGGACCUGCAGAUGCUGGAGAAGGAGCGGCAGAAGAACGAAAUCCGCGACUUGAUGCUGAAGGCGACGGAGGCGGAGCGGUUGGAGCUCCUUGAAAAGGCCGAUGAGCUGGAGCAGCAGGUGGCGGACAGCCGCGCGCAGGCGGAUCGGAUGGAGAAGGAGAACCGACGCAUGGUCGCGCUGCAGAAGGAAAAGGAAGCACAGUUGCGGGCCCGCGAGGCCUCGCUCGAGAACUUCCGCCAGGAGAUGCGCCGCCGUGAGUGCUCCAUGGAGAACCACCGCGAGGAGUGGCAGGUGAGUGUGGAGACGGAACAGACGCUGCGGCAGGCCGCGCUGCUCGAGCUGUGUGAGGCUGAGGAGCGGCACUUUGACGGCUGCAACUUCUUUCAUGACUUGAUUCGCGAACUGCGCCGGGCCUACGGGGCGAUGAUUCGAAAAGCGCUGGAGCAAGGGGUGGAGCGGCAGAUGGUUUCGAAGCGUGAGCUAGCGGAGGCCACGGAGGCUGCAAAGACUCACGAGCAGGAAAUGGACGCCAUCAAGAUCCGUGUAAUGCAGUACGAGACGGAUGUGGUUGAUCUGCGAAAGAAACUGGAGCAGGCGGAGACGGAGUUUACUGCGAUGUCGACUGCUGCCAGCGCCGCAGCGGAGCAGCAUCGUGCCGACGACCAAAAAACUAAGGAUGCACUUGCGAGCGUCACGUCGGAGCUGGAGGCGGCGUCAAAGGAGGCAGCCGCAGCAGAGCAGGAGAACGAGAAGCUUCGUGAGCAACUUGAAAUCACGCAGACGGAGUUGGCGUGUGCGACGCAUGCAAAGGAAGCCGUAACAGGGGAGAAGGAGCGUCUGCAAAGCGCGCUCGACGGCCAGACGUCGGAGACGGAAGCGCUACGCAGGACCCUGGACGACCUCCGUACUGAACUGGAUGCCGCCACGACGCAGGCGGAAGAGGCGAAGAAGACUUUCGAGAGCGAGUUGACUUCCAAGGAUUGCGCGUUGGAAGCGGCACAGAGCGCCGGCGAUGCACUGCACCGUAACCUGGAGGCCACCACCACCGCAUUGACAGAGGCGCAGGCCCAGCACGCCGCUGCAUUGGAGGCCAUCACGAAGGCAGAAGAGGCGAACGCCGCCCUCUCCACCACACUGGCCCAGCAGCGGGAGGCCCAGCAGGCGCUGGAAAAGCAGCUCGCCGAGCAACAAAAAGCGGCGGCGGAGUUGGCCCGCUUUGACGAGCGGUGGGAGCUUCCAGCCGCCGCGGAUGCCCCGACGACGACCUCGGCGCACACUAAGGUCUUCCCGGAAGCGGAGUGGAGCAUCGUGCUGCAGGAAAAGCCGCGCGAGCUGGACCGCAUCUUCCGCAACGACGUCGCGCUCGCCUGCCACGUCCGUCCUGCGGCCGUCACGCGCUUGCAGUUCGUCCUUGGCAGUCUGCACGCAUCAUUUGAGGUGCAGCACCUCACCAGCGUUUCGCCAAAGGACAUCGCAGAACGCCUCGCGGCCUACCCCUUCCGCGGCAUGCAGGAGCUGUACGAGAGCCGCAACGACCCUGCCUUCGGACUAGACGCCCUUGCCGCAGAACACGAGAACCUGCGUUCUGAGCACGACGAAAACACUGCGAAGUACGAUCAACUUCAGCAAGAUCACCAGCAGAUCA